CAACUUAGAUCUUUUGCUUUUCGCGUCUUUUAUACAAACGAUAACGAUAUAUAAGAGACGUGUAUUAAUGUAGACAGCACAACUCGAGUUCCGCUGCCAUCAGACUAAGAACAAUACAUUCAACAUGAAGUUUGCAAUGUACAUGGUGAUGCUGUUAGUUGCAAUCUGCGCUCUGUUUGCCGAUACUCAUGCACUCCCGAAACACAGAUUUCGCUUACCAAGCGGCCCUGGCUACGGCCCAUUUAAUCCCCAACAACCUUGGCCGGUACCGUGGCCAAAUAAUGGUUAAUAAUCUGAUGGAUGAUACCGAUGAUGGAUGAUCUAACUACUAAAAAUCAUAAAUAUUUGAAAUAUAACUUAUUUAUUACUAAAGAUUUUGAAGUGAAUUAAAAACUGAAAGCUAAUAUGUAUGUCAUAAUGUGUAUUAUUUAUGUUAAAUUUAUAAAUAUAUAUGUAUAUAUAUUUAUUUAUUUAUAUUUGUACAUUAAAUAAUGCAUCUAUUGUAAAUUUCGAUUUAUUCAAUACCAUUUUUCCUCAAAUAUAUGAUAUACUAGCAA